UUGUAAACUUUCUUUCCUUUCUUACAGGAUGAUGUGAGGCAGAAAGUGCACCUGAAUACCUUUGGCUUCUUCAAGGAUGGUUUCAUGAAAGUCAAUGUCAGCAACCUUUCACUGAAACCACCUGUAGACUCUGAAGAGAAGGGCUUAUCAGUGGGGUUCAGUUUGGAUCGAACACGGAAUGAUGGGUUCUCCACUUACCUGGAUGAAGAAGUAGAUUACUGUAUCUUGAAAAAGAAACCAGACCAAGAUGUCUCUGUUGUAAUCUUACUUCUGGACUUCAAAACUAAAGCUGUGAAAGUACGGUUCUCUGCAGAAGCUUCAUCUUUGUUACCUAAAAUUUCAUUUGUGUCUGAGGAAAACGUUACUGCCUUAAGUACCAGGCCGCUAAAAACUUCUGAACAGAGCAGUGAUUCUGGUGAAAAUCCUCCAAAGACCAACCAAAAUACAGACAGCGAAGAUAAGAAGUCCAAACGAAGUACAGCAUCCUCCCAGAGCGUAAUAGAACAAGAACAUCCUGUUCACAAUGACAGAGGAACUUUUUCAUUUCAGUUUUUUUUUAACAUCAGCUCUGAUAACCAAGAAGGUCUCUACAGCCUAUAUUUCCAUAAAUGUGUUGGCAAGAAUGGGCCACCUAAUGAUCAGCAGCUAUUUAGUCUCGAUAUAGAAAUUACGGAAAAGAAUCCUAAAAGCUACCUCUCAGCGGGGGAGAUCCCACUGCCAAAACUUUACAUUUCCAUGGCUCUCUUCUUCUUCCUGUCUGGGACUGUAUGGAUCCACAUACUUCGUAAACGCAGAAAUGAUGUGUUUAAAAUUCACUGGCUAAUGGCAGCCCUCCCUUUCACAAAAUCUCUGUCCUUAGUCUUCCAUGCAAUCGACUAUCACUACAUUUCUUCUCAGGGAUUUCCUAUUGAAGGCUGGGCUGUUGUUUAUUACAUCACUCACCUACUGAAGGGUGCUCUUCUGUUCAUCACUAUUGCCCUUAUUGGCACAGGCUGGGCUUUCAUUAAACACAUCCUGUCAGAUAAAGACAAAAAAAUUUUCAUGAUUGUCAUCCCACUUCAGGUACUGGCAAAUGUGGCAUACAUUAUCAUAGAGUCAACUGAAGAGGGGACAACUGAAUAUGGACUGUGGAAAGAAAUCCUCUUCCUGGUAGACUUGCUAUGUUGUGGAGCUAUCCUAUUUCCAGUGGUAUGGUCAAUAAGACAUUUACAGGAGGCUUCAGCAACAGAUGGGAAAGCUGCCAUUAACCUAGCAAAGCUGAAGCUUUUCCGACAUUACUAUGUUAUGAUUGUGUGUUACAUUUACUUCACACGGAUCAUUGCAAUUCUCAUAAAGAUUGCUGUUCCAUUCCAGUGGAAAUGGCUGUACCAGCUGCUGGAUGAAACAGCCACACUUGUGUUCUUUGUCCUCACUGGGUACAAGUUCCGUCCAGCAUCAGACAACCCUUAUCUACAGCUUUCUCAAGACGAUGAGGAUGACUUGGAGAUGGAAGCUGUGGUGACAACCUCUGGAGUAAUGGAGGGCAUGAAGAAGGUCAAGAAAGUGGUGAAUGGGUCAGCAGAGCCACGGGGCGAGUGGGAAAGCACGGCAUGAUGGACUGGACUAAGGAAGCACUUUCAGAGAAACUUUUUUAAUUUAUUAUUAUUACUCUCAGUGGAAAGGGAGCAACUAGCACUUCCCAACACUGAAACUGCAGAGUGGGGUGUGUCUGGGGGGAGCAAAGCAGUGCAGAAAUAUAACUAUUCCUCUGACCAUAAGAAAAUGGGUCUCUUGGUACCUGCAAGGAGUGUGAAGCUUUCCUAGGGAUUUUGGGUAGCUUAUUCUUUUUUUCCCCUUUCUGGAUCAGUUAGAUAUUCUGAAUUGCUUGCAGUUGCAUUCUUCAGAAUGUGUAAUACUAAUGUGAAGAGAGACCUUUAGUGUGUAUAUAAACUAUAUAUUUUAUAUAAUGCGCGCAUAUAUAUACACACUUGCUAUGUAACAUGUAUGCUGGGAAUUACAAAGUGUGUCAGAAGGUGGGAAAAGAAGAUAAGAGAUGUAAGUAUUCUUUUCUUUUUAUAAACACUCCUUUUGGCUUGGACAAUACAUUGCAAAACAAACAAAUAGAAACAACUGCAGUUGAGAGACUAAAUGGGGUAUUGGAUCAGAUGACUUCUGCCACUACUCACAUCAGUGGGAAAGUUGAUAAGUAUCUUCUUGUCUUAUCCAUGCAGGUGUCCACUUGAAUGUGUCAGGUUUUCAAAUGUGUUGCUAUACAGGAAGCAAGUGACUUCUCCAUUAAAAGCACUAGUCUGUAGUGCAAGAAGCAUUAAUGUAAAUUCUCCACUGUUCAUGGAGUUGCUCUUGAUUCACGCCCACCUGACAAGAAGUACACAAGAUGUGUAAGACUGAUGCUUGCUUUUUAGAGGUCUGCCAUGCUAUCCUAAACAUUUAAUUUCAAGCUGUGACCCAGAGCACUUUGAUCUGCUUCACAAAAUAUUUUCAAGGUAUUUCAAAAGACACUCCUUUCUGGCACAGUAUAAACAGUACCAGAAUCUUCAGUGGGAAUCUGUCUAGCAAAUGUACUGCAGCAUAAACCUCUGGUUCACAAUUAUCCUGAGUUACUUAGUCUCUCUGGAUGGCUACCUGUACUUCUCUGGCUACGUAGGAUUAGUGGGAUUGCUGUUUGAGAUGGGCUGCACUGGUCAAAAUGGUAUUGCUGCCAAAACCGGGUAACUGUAGCUUCCAGUCCUAAAUAGUUUUUGUCAGGAAAGGAGAAGAUUAUGACCAGAACACUCAAUGCAGGGAAACAUGGAAGUCUUAACUAUUAGCUAAAAACUUGCAGUGGAGUAUUUAGAGACAUGUUACAAAUGCCACGUGCAUUUUUAUCUGUAGUACUCUGCUAUUGUCAGGAAGGUAAGCUGGUACCCAUAGCUGUAGUAGUAAGGCAUAGCAACUGAUUAUUAAUUUGGGGGAGGAUGGAAGUGGUUUGCUGAUGUAAUGAGGAUAAGCUUUAAGAAAAAUAAAUCAAGUAUAACUCACUGACCCAAUGAAGCCUUAAUAUUCAUGUGGAGGCAUUGACAUAUGGUGCUGUUGAGCAAAGUGCUUCUGUCAGGGUGACAGGGAUAGUCAUCACGGAGUUUCAGAUGUGCCAGCAUCUCUUACAAACUCACUUAGGAAUUGCUUUUUUGGCUCGAGGGACUACAUCUCUGGGGCACAACUGAUCAGAGGAUUAGCCACGAGGGUUUUUUAUCCUCUAAGUUUAGAAGGGGGAUUUUCUUUGGAACCUUGAACCACUUCUUCCUCGGUCUUGACAGUGAUUGCAGAGCUCUUAAAUAAGCAGUCUGUACCAAGACUUGCUGUUUGAAGAGCAGCAUUGUUUUCUCCAGUUGUCACUUCUUUUCCCAGGUGUUGGUUCUAUGCAUCAUAGAAGUGGUAGAAAUGAAUCUACCUGCUUUGAUACCCAGAACUGGUUUCUUUUUCGAUAAAGCACGAGAAUAGCCCUCUUCUCUUGGUACAGAGUCCUCUUGUGUGUCUUCCUCCUUAGCUGUAACUGCACAGUAAUUGCAGCAGUGAUGGUUUGACUUCUGCUGUCAUUGUUUCGCAAAGAUACAGUUUUAGUGAAAACUGAAGCCUACACAAUUAGAAAGGCUGUUUAAGUGACCUGUGAGCCUUUUAGACCUUCUGUAUGAGGAAAUCUCCUGCAUAUUAGGUAGCUGAGGUGUGAGAAAUUGGACUAUAAGCAAACAUAGGCAGUCCCAGCUCAUCAUAAACUUAAAUACAAUACCUGGAAAAACUCAUCCUCUCACUCAGCAGUCCGCUGGAGAUUUGAAGUCUGUUGGCACUAACGUAUGUAAAGCAUAAGGGUUUGCUGUCGGAAACAGAAGCGCAAGAACAGUGUUAAUCCAGAUGUGAUGCUGUCUUAAAACCUGUUAAUACCUUUUUGCGAAGGAGAUGUGAAAUUCUGAUGGAUGUGGUGUUUCACCCAAAAACAUGAGGGGCUGUGUUGGGAUCCUAGCACAGGCUGAGCUUGUUCCAAACAGUUGCCUAUUCCAUACCUCAGCAUCAGUGGAGCCGAUGAUUUGGCGAGUGCUUUUACCUUAGUCUCAGGUUUCUUUUUUUAUAUGCACUUUUUUCCUGAAGUUGCGCAUGGUGUAGGUUUAUCUGCCAAGUCCCUGGCUUGUUAGUCAAAGGCCAAAAAAUGGUGACAACUUCUUGUCUUGGCAUGAAAAGCCAUGGCACUGCUCCAGAAGUGUUUUUGGAAGAGCUGUUUCCAAGCUCAGACCUGAGCUUCAGCAGUCAGCUGUAUGACAACUUCAGCUGGCACUUACUGCAGGAUGCUAACCAGCCAUACAACAGUAAUUGGUUCAGACCUAAGCAUUAGUGAAGAAAAUGGAUGUGGAUAUACAAGUCAGAAAACAGUGAUAACAAGGUUCUUACUGCAGCCAUUUCCAAAGUAAAUUUCUACUUUCUUUGGUGGAAUUCCUUGGAGCGGGUUGAAAAAUGUGUCUUGCAGGGUUGUAUGAUGGACUGGAUGGUGGCUGAGAUGUUGGAGGAUGGAGAGGAUGGUGCAGUUGUGCUUCUCGCACAGCACAUGCUGCACCACCAAGCAUCACAGGGAGGGCUGCUCCUUCCCCUUCGUCCCAAGGUGUGACUGGCAAGUGCAUGACUCUCUACUGCUAGUGGAGAGUGGCAGCUUGGAUCUCACCAGGCAGGAUAAUAGCAGUGCUUGCCUUUCAAAUUCUGAUAGCUGUCUAUCUUGUAGGAAGCUCUGCCUUUCACAGAGAGGGGAAAAUAGAAGAGCUGCUUGUGGCUUACAGAUCAUUUUGGGAUAUAGCCUUACUUUCCUGUCUUUGCCUUUUACUGAAGUGAGCAACUACAACAAUCACUCUGCGAGUACACACACUGGUACAGUGACAGGAGUCCUGGCAAAGCAGGUCUGGUGCAGUUCAGAAUAAAUGGGUUUGAAUGCAUUCACGUAUGU